UUGAGAUUCGUGCAUGAUGCGAGUCCUGCACUCAGACCUCUUCACUAGAUCUGGAGCGAAGGGUCUUCAAUCCAGUUUUAUCCCUUCGUUAACUCCAGUCUUCUUCUGCUAUUAGGCGGCAGGUUGAAGGCAGGUGAGGCUAGAUAAAUGGACAGCUGUGAGAACGAGAAUCAUUAUGGCGAUUGUAACAAAGGGGAUGUAUUGAAGCAGAUUGAAGAAGAGACGGAGGAGAAAGAGAAGGGCGCAUCAACCCCAUCCAGUUCGAUGAGCAGAUCUAGCUCACGGCCACAACUUGAUCUUAGCAGGGCUGCCAUACAAGGAGACUUGGAAGACAGGAAUCCCACAAUCCUGCUGCCAAACCAGUCUGAUGACAUAUCCCACUUGGCUUUGGAUAUCGGAGGAUCCCUCAUUAAGCUGGUAUAUUUUUCACGGCAUGAGGAACUUUCAGUUGAUGACAAGAGGAGGAAAUCCAUGAAGAAAAGGUUUGGACUGUCAAAUGGAAAUAGGAGAAGCUAUCCAAUUCUUGGUGGUCGGCUUCACUUUGUGAAGUUUGAGACUGGGAAACUCAAUGAAUGCCUUGAUUUUAUUUCUUCCAAACAACUUCAUCGCGGUGGGAUUGACUCACCUUCCUGGCGAUCUGCAGCGCAACCAAAUCAUAACAUUGUAAUGAAGGCCACAGGUGGUGGGGCUUACAAGUUCGCUGAUGUAUUAAAAGAACGUCUUGGAGUUGGUCUUGAUAAGGAAGAUGAGAUGCAUUGCCUUGUAGCUGGUGCCAAUUUCUUGCUUAAAGCAAUAAGGCAUGAAGCUUUCACACACAUGGAUGGCCAGAAAGAAUUUGUGCAGAUUGAUCAGAAUGAUUUGUUUCCAUUUCUUCUUGUUAAUAUUGGUUCUGGAGUUAGCAUUAUCAAGGUGGAUGGUGAAGGAAAAUUUGAGCGGGUUAGUGGGACAAAUGUAGGCGGUGGUACUUAUUGGGGAUUAGGGAGGUUGUUGACAAAGUGCAAAAGUUUUGAUGAGUUGUUAGAGUUGAGCCAACGAGGAGAUAGUAGCAAUGUUGACAUGCUCGUUGGAGAUAUUUAUGGUGGGAUGGACUAUUCUAAGAUUGGGCUUUCAGCAUCAACAAUAGCUUCUAGCUUUGGGAAAACGAUUUCAGACACCAAGGAACUGUCUGACUAUAGACCUGAAGAUAUCUCUCUCUCUCUUUUGCGGAUGAUUUCUUAUAACAUUGGGCAGAUCUCAUAUCUGAAUGCACUCCGUUAUGGGCUGAAAAAGAUAUUUUUCGGAGGAUUCUUCAUUCGUGGUCAUGCAUACACAAUGGACACGAUUUCUUUUGCUGUUAAUUUCUGGUCAAAAGGACAAGCACAAGCUAUGUUUCUACGCCAUGAAGGCUUUUUGGGAGCUCUUGGUGCAUUUAUGAGCUAUGAAAAACAUGGACUUGAUUACCUCAGAGCACAUCAGUUAGUAGAAAGGUUUCCUAUGGGGGCUCCUUAUGUUGGUGGGAAAAUUCAUGGUCCACCCCUUGGCAAUCUAAAUGAAAAGAUUUCAUGGAUGGAGAAGUUUGUGCAGAAAGGUACUCAGAUUACUGCUCCUGUGCCUACAGCUGCACCUAGAACUACUGGUUUGGGUGGCUUUGACCGACCUUUAUCCAGGGGCGAUAUCUUGCGUUCAGAUGCAAGUGCUGCAUUGAGCAUAGGUGUACUUCAUUUUGUUCCUACACUCGAGGUGUUUCCUUUAUUGGAGGACCCUAAGACGUAUGAACCAAACACUAUUGAUCUAACAGAUCCUGGCGAACUUGAGUACUGGUUAACUGUGUUAUCAGAGCAUUUACCUGACCUUGUUGAUAAGGCAGUUGCAAGUGAAGGGGGGACAGAUGAUGCUAAAAGAAGAGGAGAUGCAUUUGCUCAUGCAUUCUCUGCUCACUUGGCAAGGUUGAUGGAAGAGCCUGCUGCUUAUGGGAAGUUUGGCUUGGCCAAUCUUUUGGAGCUCAGGGAAGAAUGCUUGAGGGAGUUCCAGUUUAUGGAUGCUUAUAUUACAAUUAAACAGAGGGAAAAUGAGGCUUCUCUUGCUGUUUUACCUGACCUUCUUAUGGAACUUGACAGUAUGAAUGAGGAAGAUAGAUUGCUUGCUCUUAUAGAAGGUGUUCUUGCUGCAAAUAUCUUUGAUUGGGGAUCUCGUGCAUGUGUUGACCUUUAUCACAAGGGAACAAUUAUUGAAAUAUAUAGGAUGAGCCGCAAAAAGAUGCAACGUCCAUGGCGGGUGGAUGACUUCGAUAUUUUCAAGAAAAGAAUGCUUGGUUCUGGGGAUGAGAAACCCAAUCCAUACAAAAGAGCAUUGCUCUUUGUUGAUAACUCUGGUGCUGAUAUUGUUCUCGGGAUGCUUCCAUUAGCACGAGAACUUCUCCGACGUGGGACUGAGGUUGUUCUGGUUGCAAAUUCCUUGCCCGCUUUAAAUGAUAUUACUGCGAAUGAACUUCCUGAGAUUGUGGCUGAAGCUGCAAAGCAUUGUGAUACCAUUAGAAGAGCUGCAGAAGCUGGAGGGUUGCUAGUGGAUGCGAUGGUAAGCAUACAAGAAAAAGGAUUGAAGAACCAAUCUCCUUCAGUUUCACUAAUGAUUGCUGAGAAUGGAUGUGGAAGCCCUUGCAUUGACUUACGACAAGUCAGCUCAGAGCUUGCAGCUGAUGCAAAAGAUGCAGACUUGGUAAUUCUAGAAGGCAUGGGCCGAGCAAUCCAUACUAAUUUGAAUGCUCGUUUCAAAUGUGAUGCACUGAAGCUUGCAAUGGUGAAGAAUCAGAGACUGGCUGAAAAGGUUUUAAUGGGAAUAUAUAUGACUGCAUUUGUCGAUUUGAGCCUAGAAAUGAAUCUGUUGCAUCUACUGAAACUGAUUCUUGGGAUAACUAACAACUGGUGAAUUACAGAAAGGUAAACCGAACUUUUUCUGAAAUUGGAGGCUAAAUGAUCUUCACAGAAAGAGUUUCUACUAUUUAUCAAAAUCCGAAGUUGCUCAACUCCUCUGGCUGCUAACCACUUCAUGAAAAUUGCACGUAAGAGUGUUAUGUUGGCUGUCAAUCUAGUGUAAGGUGAUGAUUGUGGUAUUUCAACAAGUGAUUAUUCUUGAGAUGGAUAUUUUUCAACUAUCUUUGGAAUUGACAGAAUAUGAGCUAUCGUUGUAUAUACAUAUGGAUUGAUAAAUGGUAUAAAAUGGAGCUUUAUUUA